AGUCGCUAAAAUGGCGAGAUACAUGGCGUGUUGACGUUUAUUUAAAGUGCUCCUUGGUCAAAAUAAGGGUGUAGGGAGACCUUUAAAAAAAUCUGUCAGCAUCUAUCACAUUACAAUUGCACGUCAUCGAUUAUACUUGCAAAGCGAUGCACUCGGUCAGUGCCUGUUUGUCGAGUUCCGCGGAUGUAGACGACGUGACGAUCCCGUUGGUUAAACGCGAUCAAAGCUGCCAAGCGACCGACGAGAGCACCGGUGAACCGUGCGGCGAAACCGAGGGUCUGCGUAUUCUCAAUGAAUUUCGCAAAUUGUACGAGAGUCGCAUCGAGAAGAUCGAUCGGGAAUCCGGCGGCGAAUCUGAUCGGGUCUCCAUGAAGCUGCAGAUAAUGAGCGAUUGGAUUAAGGAUCUAGGAGAGCAAAAUACUAUGUUAGUGCACACAGUUGAAGAUUUGGAACAGGCCGCGUGUAAUAGAGUUAAGUUACUAGAGGAGAAAUUAAAACAAUCGUCCCAAAUAGUUGUAGAUAAUUUGACAAGAUCAAGUCAUUCUGAAAAGGCUUUAAAUACACUUUCAAAUCGUGUCAGUCAAUUAGAAAAGGAUGAAGAAUAUCUGCAACAGAAAAUAGAAUAUCUGCAAAGUGACAUUAGAGGAUUAUUAGAAGUGAUUCGUCGCGCACGUCAGGAAAAUAUUUGGAAUCUUGAUGGUAUUACAUUCUUUGAGAUUCAACCUGAGGAUAUUCCAGUUUCGGACUGUAUCUGCAGUCAGGAAGAAACAGACAUUGAACAUAUCAAAUCCUUGAAUUUGCAAGUAGAACAACUUCAGGAAAAUGAGAAAAAAUUAAUUAGAUCUCAAUUGGAAUUGGAAGGAAAAGUAGCAGAUCUCAUGACAGAAUUAUCAAUGAAAGAUGAGACUAUAAAUAAAUACGUUUCUAGACUUCAGUGCUUUUGCGAGAAACUCAAGGAACAUGCUAAACAAACAAAUGAAGUUAUUAUUCAUCCAAUGAUAAAUGAUCAAAAUUGCGAUAUUAUCUUAACACCUGACAUUUUGGAAAGUGUAUUAGAUGUAAAAGAUUUGGAAAACAGAAAUUUACGUAGACAACUGCAAGAUGUUGAAUCCAAGCUUAUGGUGUACACUUAUGAAAACAAUAUGGAUACAACUAAUCUACAAGUACAAUUGGAAGAAAAAUCUAAAAAAAUACAGCAAUUGGAGGAUAAAGUGGCUCGCCUCGAAAAAGAAGCUAUGAAAACACAGGAUACAUUAACGGCGGAGAUCACUGCAUUGCAGAAACAAAAUUACCAUGCAAAUAUAGGAAAUCUUUUGAAGGAUGAUUUAAUUAAAGAGAUGCGUAAGGAAUUGAAAGAAGCAACUUUAGAGGAUACAUCUCGGAAAGUUCGCAUUGAUACAAAUAAUUUUCCAGAAGAUGAAUUUAUAUCAUUUCUGAACAAUACAAAAGCGCAUGUGCAAAAAGAAUGUGAAAUUUUAUCGGAUUUAAAACUUGAAUUGGGGAAAUUUGUAGAAAAAUUAACUGUCGAAGAUAACGAGAUGAGUGAUUGCAUUAUGGCUAAUAAUUGUAUAAAUAAAAACAAACUUUUUGCAAGUGGCAUGUCAGAUAAAUUGGUCAACUGUAUUGAAAUUAUCAGCAGAAUGUACUCGGAAAGAGAAAAGGAGAUUACUCUAUUUGAUUGUAUAAUAAAGAAAGAAGAAAAUCAUUGUAUGUGCAGCGAUCCUAAGAAUAUUAAAUCAAAUAUAAAUAAUGCACGACAAUUCAAGUUGAUGGAAGAAUUCAGAGUAUGUACAGUAGAAGCUCAGGCAGCAACAGAAGAUAUUCGCGAAGAGAUAAACACUGUUAUUUCCACAUUUAAUUCACGACAUCAAAACUAUGAAGAAUUGAGCAAAAUGGUUACUAGUACACAAACUUAUUUAGCAAGAACGCGAGAAGGAUUAAUAGAAGCUGUUAAUAGAUUGGAAUUACAAGAGGAAGAGAGAUUAAGGCAUAAUGAAAGAAUUGUGAAUGGCAAGCUUAAACUGAAAGAUAUAAAAAAUGAGAUUAAUCAGGUUCAAUCGGAAUUAUUCCGUUGUAUUAAUAGUAUGCAGACGAAUAUACAGGAAUAUCAUGAAUCUGGGUACACAGGAGCAUGUAUUAGCAAUGAUUUAUUAACUGUUGUGAUGGAAGAGGUUGAGCAGAUACUGACUAAUUUGCAAUUAUUUCAAACUCAGGGUGGUUGCAUGACGUCGAUAGUAAAGGGAUUAAGAAGUCAAUUAUGUACUAUAGAUUGCUCUUUAAAGGACUUACAGAAGAAAACCGGUGAAGUGCUCUUAAACAAUGAAAUUGCAAAAACGACAUUCUGCGAAAGAGAAGGCAGAUUGACUAAACUGGAAGAAGAGGUCGAUUAUGCACAUACAAGAAUGCAAGAUGUAUUGGAAACUUUUCUUUCUACAAGACAGGAAGAAAAGGAACAAUUUCCUCACUUUGACAAUCAGGAAAUAAAUGAUAUAAUAAAAACAAAAGAAGAUUUACAUAAAUUAAGAAAGGAAUAUGAUGAUCUGAAACUCAGCAUGAUUCAGCAAACAUGUCAGAUAAAAUAUGAUGAAAAACUAAAUAAGUGGAAAAAUCAUAUAACUGAUUUAGAAGAUCAAAUCAGAGUAUUGCAGCAUGAGGUAAAAUGUAAACAAGAAACAAAUAGUUUUUUAAAGAAUGGUAUUCAAUCAAUGGAGAAAGAAUUAAUUAUUAUACGAACAAAGGCAGAACAUUAUAGACAGAGUCACAGCAAAGAUAGUAUGGAACUGAAAAAGAAAAUAAUAGAAUUAGAAAACAUUAUCAAAAUGCAAAAAGAAAUAGAAAACGAUCUUCGAAAAAAUUUAAGUAUUAAGAAAUCUACAGAAAUCUCAAAUGCUUUUCAUAUAGACUAUAGCACAGAAGCAACACUCUUACGCUAUGAGUAUCCAUCUAAGCACGAAAAUAUGUCUGAUUUAUUCAAAACUGUACAAGAUGCUGUGCAAUCUACAAAAUUGGCAAUCCAAGAUCUUGAAAGUGAAUUUAAAAAAUCGAUAUGUGAAGAAUCAUCUUUCUCUUCUGUUUCGGCAAAAUCUGUUGUGACAUUGACAGACUCAAUAGGAAAAUGUAAAGAGAAAUUGGACAUUUGUUUUCAUGAGUUAAGCAAACUUAAAAGUGCUGUAUAUUCCAAAGAGAAAUUGCUACAAAAUAUGGAAGAAGUCAUACGAAUACAACGAGACUCCUUAACAAUGAGUCAAACAGAAGUAAAAGAUCUGCAUCAGAAGCUGCAAGAAAAGAUUGAUAAGCAAAAUCUUACUAUCGCGCAAUAUGAGAAAGAGAAGAACGAAUUAGUGAAGCAGAAUGAACUCCAGAUUCAAACUAUCGGACAUUUACAAAAUGCUGUUGUUGAAGCUAAGAGAAACUUGGAUCAAAUGGGUCAUAAAGCAAUGAGCGAUCUUUGCAAAAAAAAUGAAACUAUUCGUGAAUUAACAAUGUGCAUUGAUGAAACACAACAUCAAUAUAACGAAUGUUUUACAGAGGCAACUAAUCAGGACUUAUUAUUGGAUUUACAACGAGAUGCUAUUGAUAGUCUGCACAAGAGAAUUCGUUAUCUGGAGUAUGAUAAGUGUCUAAUCAUUAGUACUCUGCAUACAAUGUAUUCCUCAAUCCUAAGUGUAGUACAGGUAUAG